GGUUCAUUCAGCUUUGAUACCAACGAGCAGAGUCUGGAACAAGUGUUCUGCAAAUAUGGACAAAUCUCUGAGGUGGUUGUGGUGAAGGAUCGGGAGACCAAGCGAUCACGUGGCUUCGGAUUUGUCACAUUUGAGAAUCCAGAAGAUGCGAAAGAUGCUAUGCAGGCGAUGAAUGGAAUGUCCGUGGAUGGAUGUCAGAUUCGAGUUGAUCAGGCUGGAAAGUCCCCCAGCGACAGGAGAGGAGGCUACAGCAGGAGUGGUGGCUAUGGUGGCGGAUCCCGAGAUUAUUAUGGCAGUGGCAGGAGUCAAGGAGGUUAUGGUGAUCGCUCAGGAAGCUCUUACAGAGACAGCUAUGACAGCUAUGCCUCACACGAGUAA